CACUGCACGGCACAAGCGCAACCAUCCAAUGCCGUCUGAAGUCUGAGUCGAGCAAAACCGCUCUUGGUCUUGUCUAAUUUCCAAGCCGCUUUUUUCAAGUCAAUUUGGCCACACUAAAUGGAGGCAAUCGGUGCUGGGGCAAGUGUGGUUGCCUUCAUUGUUCUAGGUCUCAAGAGCGCCAAAAUCAUCCACGAGAUCCUCUCAGACGAAAGCGGGACACAUGUCGGCCAAGUGCGAACCGGUAUCCAGGACCUCCAGUCAACUUUAGAAAGGCUAGGAAGAUGCCGGGCCGUGUCCGACCUCCAAGACCAGGAUUUCCAAACCAAGGUCCAAUCCUGCGCUGACAACCUCGCAACCUUUGCUGCGAGUUUACAGAAUAUUACUGUGACGGACGCGAGACCACGGUUUUCUAACCAGUUGAAGAGGCUAAGAUCUUUCUUAAGCGAGAAAGAACUGAUUCGGAUGAACAAUAUCAUCACCAGGGAUACAGGAACCUUGAAACUUUACCUUCAAGCCUUGGAGAGCGACACCGUCUUCGAGAUACGUGACUCCCUUGCUGCUACCCGACAGGAGUUAUCUACCUUCCAGACCAUCAAAGACAAUCAGUCGACCCUAAUCGCCCAGCAUGCCACCCUGUCGACCACCGUGCGCGAUUCAGUGACGGCGGUCAACGAUGAUCUCCGUCUUGGUUUUGAGGAGUCGGCCGUUCGGAGCGACGAAAUCAUGCAAAAGCUGGUUCAUUUGUCAGACCAGUCAACAGCUCACAGUGGCGAGGUCAUAAGCGGUAUGGAUCAGCUCGCAGGCUUAGUUGCCAACUUAAAGCGUCUCCUCGAAGAGAAAUCUAGCGUCGGCGAAGCCCGCGACAACGUCCAGCUCGAUGAGGGUGUGGGGACCUUGGAGAAUGCACCCGCAAGAAAUGUUCCACCAUACGACAAGUUGCUAGAGAGCGUACGAUCCGUGUUGGGAUCAGUUCGGGACAAAAGGGGGAUAUUGAGUUCCAACGACUCGGAAGGCAUUGCCGAUAGCCUUGUCAAGCUUCUCCAGGAGAUGAUGUCAGACAAAGUUCUCCUUUCGGCAACUACAUAUCAGCAUUGGUGUGAUAGACACACCCAGGAGGACCUUGAAGUGAUGCGACGAACCUUGCGGUCUCUUCAAGGCAUCCUUCUGUCUUCGUCACGAAUUGCGGUAAACCCUCGGCCUAACAGGAGGAAAGUAUCACCAGGUACCCUAGUCCGAGCGAGCGUGAAAAGGAGGUCGUAUCCCACAGACCGCGGUGAUGUGUCAGUGAUCUCAUAUGAAAGGAGACUAGGAAAACGUCGAAAGCUAUCAGCCCAAGGAAUGCAACAUUUAAUGAACUCUGGGGAGGAGGGGGAGGAGCUGGAGGAGAUCACAGAGGUCAAAAGGCUCAUAUCAUUCCACCCAGCAUCUAGAUGUCCGUCCCAAGCAUUCCAACUCGCAACACGGCAACGCCACGAGUACCGGGGGACCUACUACGACAUGACACGGAUCUCAGUCGCCAAUGUUCUGCCCAUCGACUCGCCGGUCUUUACCCUGGUUGAACAAGGACGCCUAGCAGAAUUCAAGGAGAUGUUAAUGCGGGGCGAAGCUUCACUUCGAGAUCAAGACGAGUUCGGCACUCCCUUGCUGUUCUAUGCCAAUACGCAGCCGGAUAUCUGUCGCUUUCUACUUCAGCACGGCGCAGAUGUGGACCACAUCGGUCGUAUCCGAUUUGCUUAUCCUCCCGAUGACGAGUACAUAGGGACAGCCUUGGAGAUGGAUGCUAACGACGACGAGGAGGAAGCAUCCUACCUAAGCCGUAUUCUAGAGUGUCGAAAGCUAUUGCUAGACGCCGGCUGUGAUCCGGAAUUGCCGUGCUAUCGAAAUGGACUGGCCGAGGGUGGCCCGUUAUUCACAAUACUCCUUUACGGAGUUUUGGAAGCGAUUAGACUACUGCUGGAUAACCCUUUCAGCCUGAUCAACACCGAAACAAUCAUCGACGACAACGGAAACACUAUGCUUCUCGCAUACUGUAACUUCGGUCGAUUUCAGGUCGACGGCCUCUCCUUUCUGCUCAGCCGAGGAGCUAACAUCAAUGCACGAAAUCUAGCAGGUGAUUCAUGUUUGCACCUAUGCUUCAGGGGCGGCGAUGAAAAUAUUGGGCCUUUCUUUCCUCAUGAUACGAGCGCCGUCAGACGUGUCUGGUCCUCCCUAGCGUUUCUCCUCGAAAGCGGCGCCAAUAUUCACGCGGUGAAUCACCCCGGCGUCUCCGUGUUUGACCUCGCGUAUUCCCUCUCGAACAAGACGAGCUUGCCGGGAGAUUUGUGGGACGCGGUCCUGGCUGAGUGCGGUCACGACGUUUUGUGCUAUCGCGAACAUUGGCCCCGGAAACCCAAGUACCAUCACGGAUACACCAGGCAGAUGUUUGAGCAGUUCUGGGAAGGGAGGGAACAUCUCUGUCCGUACUACAAUGAUGAGUUCUCUGGGGAGAUCAAUAAUGACGAGACAUCAAUCGACAGCGAUGGCGAGGAGUUUGGUCACGAGCGCGGCAAGGAAUCCCAUGUCAGCAACGUUCAUGACUUGUUGCAGGGAGAUGGGGACACCUCUGAUUCUGACUCCGAUAGUGAGGGCGGCUGCCCACUUGGCUGACUUGGCAAGCCCUUCUGCUGAAAACUACGGAAUUGGCAUCAUGUAAUCUACCUAGGUUAGGGUUGAUAAGGUGUCAAUCAUGUUCAGGCGUUACACAGGAUACACGCUGUGGUGACUGGGGGGGGGGGGGGG